GCCGCCGACCUGAAGUCGCCUCCAGCCGCAGCGCCGACACAGAGCCGGCUGGUCACCAUGGGCGCAGAAGAGCGCCCAGCGGGCGGGGGAGGCGCGCAGGACCCCGGCGCGGGCUUCGGGGCCCGAGUGCUGGGCGCGCUGUGCUUGCUGCUGUCGGUGGGCUCGGCUGUUGCCUGCCUGCUGCUGGGCGCCCAGGCGGCCGCACUGCACGACCGAGUGGCGGCGCUGGAGCAGGAGCGCGAGAUGUUGCGACGUGCGGGGCCGUCUGGAGCUCUGACCGCCUGGGCCGAAACGCACCUGGAGAGCCUGCUGCGGGAGAAGUUGGAUGGAGUCGCCAAGCUGCGGACAGUUCGGGAAGCCCCCUCCGAGUGCAUCUGCCCCCCAGGCCCCCCUGGACGGCGUGGCAAGCCUGGACGAAGAGGCGACCCUGGUCCUCCCGGGCAAUCAGGACGAGAUGGCUACCCGGGACCUCUGGGUCUGGACGGCAAGCCAGGACUUCCGGGCCCCAAAGGGGAAAAGGGUGCACCAGGAGACUUCGGCCCGCGGGGAGCCCAAGGGCAAGAUGGAGCUGCAGGACCACCUGGACCCCCUGGACCACCUGGGGCCCGGGGUCCUCCUGGUGACACUGGGAAAGAUGGCCCCAGAGGAGCUCAAGGCCCAGCGGGUCCCAAAGGAGAGCCUGGACAAAACGGUGAGAUGGGCCCCAAGGGACCUCCAGGACCAAAGGGGGAUGAUGGGAUGCCCAGCCAGCCAGGACUCCCUGGACCCCCAGGGGCCAAGGGUGAGCCAGGGGAUGUGGGGCCCCAAGGAGAGAAUGGAGUGGACGGUGCCCCAGGACUGAAGGGAGAGCCGGGCCACCCAGGCACAGACGGAACCACAGGGCCCCGGGGUCACCCAGGCCUCAAGGGAGAGCAAGGUGACACAGUGGUGAUCGACUACGAUGGCCGGAUCUUAGACGCCCUGAAGGGUCCUCCUGGGCCACAAGGAGCUCCGGGGCCACCAGGGAUCCCUGGACCCAAGGGUGAACUUGGACUGCCUGGUGCCCCAGGAAUUGAUGGAGAGAAGGGUCCCAAAGGACCCAAAGGAGACCCGGGAGAGCCAGGGCCAGCUGGGCCCAAAGGCGAAACAGGCGAGAUGGGCCUGUCAGGCCUUCCGGGUGCUGAUGGUCCCAAGGGAGAGAAAGGAGAGUCAGGAUCUGACCACCUGCAGGAGAGCCUGGCCCAGAUCAUAGUGGAGCCAGGGCCUCCCGGUCCUCCAGGCCCCCCUGGCCCUAUGGGCCUUCAGGGGAUUCAAGGUCCCAAGGGCCUGGACGGAGCCAAGGGAGAGAAAGGUUCAUCGGGUGAGAGAGGCCCUCAUGGCCUGCCUGGACCAGUUGGCCCACCAGGCCUUAUUGGGCUGCCAGGAACCAAAGGAGAGAAGGGCAGACCCGGAGAGCCAGGACUUGAUGGUUUCCCUGGACCCAGGGGAGAAAAGGGUGACCGGAGUGAACGUGGAGAGAAGGGAGAACGAGGGGUUCCUGGCCGGAAAGGAGUCAAGGGCCAGAAGGGAGAGCCAGGCCCACCAGGCCUUGACCAGCCAUGCCCCGUGGGCCCUGACGGGCUGCCCGUGCCUGGCUGCUGGCAUAAGUGAUCCUCAGACAUGGCUCCCAACCUGUACAGAUCUGUUUGGAUGUUUUUAACUUGUGUAAAAACAAAACAGUAAUAUAUUGAUCUUCUUUAUGGAAUGCGCCAACGGUGGCCUUUAAACAUUUGAGAGUGUGCCAACCAGCCCUAGGACAACCUACACAGGAAGUGGGCAGGAAAGAAGACAGGCCGCUCUGGAGAGACUUGUACGUGAGGGCCCCCGGCAGGGCCUGGCUUUCCUAGAGAAGAUAACGAAGGUGAAAACGCCUGGCUCAGGUGAGGCUGGACAGACUCCAGGUUGGGCCUGCAAUCACCUGAUUAGCAGAGACACACAACAACUCUCCCCGAUGCCCCACUGCCCCAUCGUCUCACUGCCCAACAAGACCCCCUUGGACGACCGCUGCACCUUCUUGCCUCUGGACCCUGCCCACAGGCAGCUGCACUGAGACCCUGUGUUCAACAGGGCAGGCGAUGAUUCCUAGAAUCCAGCACUUGGAGAGAAGGUGAUGGAAAGAACCAAGAGGGCCUUGCUGUACCCAAGCUCAGUAGGCUUCCAAAAGCCACUGUGAGAGGCGUUUGUGUCCUCGGGCCUUGGGAAGUGGCAGAGCUCUAUGAAUGCCUCAGUGUGGCAGCUCAGUGGCCCCUGACUGUAGGGUAGGGAGAUCCAGAUGCACUAGUUGCUACUUCCGGUCUCCUCUCCUCACCCAAAGCAGGAACAGAAGAACUUUGUCAGCCCUGAGGAGACAGGCCUCCUGUUCAGAAUUUGGGUCUCACUGGCCCCAAGUCUCCCACCUAGAACCCUGGUCAGCCUGGCAGAAACUGGCCUCCUAGUAGGUGGUACAGACACCAUGAACCCAAAGGCUGGUCCUUGCUAGCCUGAACAAAACACCUGUGACAGAAACCCCUGUCCUCCGAGAAGGGGCUUCAACACUGCUAACAAAGGUUCCUAGUUACCCACUCUAUCCACGGUCUCCCACCCCUCUGCGUGCCAAGGUGUGAGUAAUAAACCACACGUGUGUGUCUGGGUGUGUCUGUCCUUGCAGACUUCUGUGGUCGCCUCUAGCUGAGUUCACCCUGCUGGUUCCUGCUCAAGAGGAAAGGGGCUCUCCCUAGGGGAAGAGCCAUCCCAGAAUCGAGAAUAUCGUUAAGGGUUAGGAGAUAGGAGGGUAUAGGCUCAAGACCUGGACCCAUACAUGUCAGCAGAAUCCUGGAACCAGUCACAUAAUGUCACUAAGUUCCUGUGUCCUCUUCUGCUGUGCUUCCUAAGCAAGAACACUCCAAACUUGUUGCCUCAAAAUAUUCAUCCUCUCAGUUCCAAGGAUUCAAGAAGACUAGCUGGGUGGGUCUCUCUUGGACUCUUCCUCAUCCGGUGAGUGGUACCUGUCAGCUAGGAUCCCUACCUACCUACGACUUGUUUGGAUGGCCUGGGCUUCCUCACAGCAUGGCAACAGGAUUCCUGGAAAGCUGUGUCACCUUGUAUGGCAAAGCCUCCGAAGUCAUAUGCUGUCACUUCCUGCCAGAGACAGAGGUUCAUCCCAAUGGAAGGGGGAAAAGACAGACCCACCUCUCCAUGAGCAAAGUGUCGAUGUCAUAUUUAAAUGAGAAAAUUUGGGAGAGUGGAUCUUGUUGUAGCCCUUCAGAAAUAAAAUAAACCCAGCUUUCGUGUAGCCCAGGCUAGCCUUGAAAUCACUAUGUAGCUGAGGAUGAUCUUAAAUUUCUGACCCUCCAGUCUCUACUUCCAAGAGCUGGGAUUACAGUUAGUGCAUCCAUUUUUUACAGCGCUGGGAACUGACCCUAAGGCUUUCCACAUGCUAGGCAAGCACUUGACCAACUAAGCUACAUUCUUAGCCUUUGUUGUAUAGCAUCUUAAGAAAUGCCUCCUGGAGCUGGAGAGAUGGCUCAGCGGUUAAGAGCAUUG